CUGUCGUCGGCGCUCCGGGCACCUUCGGUGCCCUCCGCAUUUGGGUCGAUCGCUGGCUAGUCGUUGCUCGGCUCGGCCCUUCGGGCCUCGCCUUCGCUCUACCGCUCGCAUCGCGGGAAGUCGGCGAUUUCAUGGUCGCGGUAGAGCACGUCUCCCUUCUCAUGCGGAAAGAGCUUGUCGACGAGAGCUUGCGUGAGGGUGUCGUCGUGAUUGCCCUUAAGCAGGUAGAGCGGCACAUGGCGGGCGAUGCACUCAAUCAGAGGAAUGAACUCGGACACUUUGGUGAUGCCGAAGCCCCGUCUGUAGAGGCCAUCAUCGAGGAUGUCCUCAGCUUUGAGCAUCGUCUCGUUGAAGGGCACAUCUGGGGGGCACAUACAAAAGACCAUCAUGGCAUGCCUUGCGUGCAUGGAGGUGUCUCUCCUGCAUAUCCGCUCACCCCACAGGUUGAAAAUGUCACCAAGAAUUGCAACCUGAAUGACGGAGACGAUGUGAGCAUAUUGCACUGGAUAAAUAUCUCCAUACGGCUUUGAUUUGGUGGGCUUCGAGCAGCCCUUUGGAGUGGUGCAGCUUGAGGAACUUUGCGAGCCCGUCCAGGGUGCUCUGCUUCCUCGUGUGACAACCACCAAUGUGGAGGUCAGAGAACACGCGGAGACGGUACUUCUUGGGAGGCGCACUUGCCGAAUGGUUGGAUACAUGCGACGUGCUGCCGUGGGCGUGAAGAAAUGACGAUUCUAAAGCGGAUGCCGAUCUCUCAUCGAUGUUGUAGCCUGAAUGUACAGGAACAAUGUCAUGCAACGUUGCUGUCUCUUCAUUACAGCGUUGCGGUGCACGCAGCUGCCUCGUGACGGUCGACAUUCUCACCUGCAGCAGGCCGCCCAAGGGCGAGGACGAUGGCGAAGAGAAUGGAAAUGGACCAAUUAGUCAUCGGCUCUUCGUAACGCGACGCCGCCCGACCAAGUAAUGGGGGCCGGCCCUCGACCCGGAGUCGUUACAACGGCCGGCAUCACUGCGGCUGGGCGCCG